GUUAAAUGAAGUUUCUUUCAGAAUUUUGAUUUGCAGGAAUCAAAUCUUGCAAGCAUCAUGAUACAGUCUGUCGCUUCCAAAAGGGUGUCAGCUGUAUACAGCAUACCAUCUCCUGAUGAUUGUGAGUGUGUGUCUGGGCAGAGUCCAAACUUGUAUUGGGUCCAGUCUUCCGAGGAGGAAAGCUCAUUUCUGAAGUAUUCUUUUUUGAAACGGCUGAGAUGGCAUCUAGGAAUAUUACCCAUUAUUUCCUUAGCAGUCACUGUAUUUGUGCUAGUCCUGCACUAUUCAUUAUCUCCAGCAUUCUCAUUUAUUUAUAUUGGUGGAAGUGUAGAAAUCCCAAACCUGACUUACACAAGUGACCUCACUGAUCCAAAGUCACAGAAAUUUAUACUGCAAGCAGAAAUGAUCCAGAGUUAUUUUGCAGAAUUCUAUGAAUCUUCUACCUUAGGGAAAUAUUACUUGAAUUCAGUGGUUGCUGCAUUUAGUGAAGGAGAAGAUGGUCUCAAAGUCUACUGCUGGAGUAUAUUCUGGGCACCACAAGAUAUUACUGGCUCUUUCAAAAAACUGAUCUCACUGAAGCAAAAGGAAAUAAUCAGGAAGCAAGUACCUUGGGGUGUUAAUUCUUCUGCUGAAAGCUUUUUGGUAGAAGAGAAUUUUGAUCUCUUUACAAUGGAACUUUUUGUUGCAGAUGCUACUGAGUAUGAUGUGACCUUAAAGUCAGUAUCCUUUGACCUAUAUGCAAAGCCAGGUAACAACAGGAGUUUGACUUUGAUGAAUCCCAAGAAAUCUUUUUAUCAGUGGCGGCUGCGAGUUCCUUCGAACUAUGUUGUGAGACUUGUCAUUCUUACAUUGCAUGGUGUCACUCCAGGGAGCUGUGCAUCUCACAGAUUAUCAGCAUAUGAUUUCCUCCUCCCUCUUCAGAACAAGAUCAUUACGAGGUGGUGUGGAGUACCAGGGGCUUGGAAUCCCCCCAUUGUUCGGUUAACUUCAUCAAGUAAUGUAAUGCUGGUCACCUUCUCGCUGGACAAAAGAAAAGAGAACAGCAUACUAAAAGCCUACUUCCAGGCAGUUCCUAAAAUUGUAUGUGGCGGGCGUUACAUCUCGUGGAAUGGGACUGUGAGCUCCCCUUAUUAUCCAAGUUACUAUCCACCAAGCAUUGACUGCAGCUGGAUAAUCAGAGCACCAUUGCCUGGCUAUAAGUUGUCACUAAAAAUUCUUGUAAUACAAAUUCAGGAGAAGUCUCCAGGAUCUAGUAAAUGUGAUAAGGACUGGUUAGAAAUUGAUGGAGUUAGGUAUUGUAAAGCUAUUGCAGAAGGCCAGAGAAAUAAAGACUAUGGUUAUUCAGUUGCAAUCAAUUUCCAUUCAGAUGAACUGGUCACUCAUAGAGGUUUUUACAUUGAAUAUAACGCAUUCAGUUACAUGGACCUUUGUCCUCGACAAUUUAAGUGCGCAGAUAGAACAUGCAUUCCUUUAAACAAUCAGUGUGAUGGACGGCAAGAUUGUUCAGAUGGCAGUGAUGAAUUAGACUGUGGCUGCAGUCCAGAGGAGUCUAAUUGUGGUAAUGGGAAGUGUAAGCAUGCUUCUAAGAUGUGCAGAGGGGAGGAGAGCUGUGGAGAGGACAGUGAUGAAAACAACUGCUCCUCUAAAAAUUGUUCUCCAUAUGCAUAUAAAUGCUCAAAUGGCAAGUGUUCAAUGAAACCAAACCCUGAAUGUGAUGGAAUAAGAGAUUGUGCUGAUGGAUCUGAUGAAGUUAAUUGUGCCUGUGGAAGGAGUCAAUUUACAAAAAAUAGAAUUGUGGGAGGUGAGGAUGCAAGGUCUGGAAAGUGGCCAUGGCAAGCAAGCUUACAGAUGGGAACUUAUGGCCAUAUUUGUGGUGCAUCUGUUAUUUCAAAUAGAUGGCUGAUAUCUGCUGCUCACUGUUUCCUGGAUUCUGAUUCCAUAAGAUACUCUGUGCCUUCUGGCUGGAAAGCAUACAUGGGCAUAAGGAUCAUGAGCAAAAACAGCAAUCAUGUAGCUAUGAGAUCAAUCAAAAGGAUUGUUGUCCAUCCACGGUAUGACCAGUAUAUCUCAGACUAUGAUGUUGCCCUGUUGGAAAUGGAAACGCCAGUAUUCUUCAGUGAGCUGGUACAGCCCAUUUGUUUACCCAGCAGCCCUAGAAUAUUUUUUUAUGGAACUGUCUGCUAUGUAACUGGCUGGGGAGCCAUAAAAGAAAAUAGUCAACUUGCCAAAACAUUGCAAGAAGCUAGAGUAAAAAUAAUUAAUCGAAGUGUCUGCAGCAAGCUUUAUGAUGAUCUGAUUACUUCUCGGAUGCUGUGUGCAGGAAACCUCAAUGGUGGCAUUGAUGCAUGCCAGGGUGAUUCUGGAGGUCCAUUGGCCUGCAUAGGAAAGGAAAAUAGGUGGUACCUCGCAGGAAUUGUGAGCUGGGGUGAAGGAUGUGCUCGGCGUAAUCGUCCUGGUGUAUACACCAAAGUGACAGCUCUUUAUGACUGGAUUCGUCUGUAUACAAAGUGAUGCACUUGGCAGGCAGCACAAACCAUCCUGUUUGCUGAAAUUCCUAGAAAUGCAUUCUGUGAAGCACAUCUUCAUGGCAAUUACAGUUCAUGGUAUUUUGUGUGUGUGUCAUUAUUUUCUCAUGGAUUCAUCUUUUGUUUUCCUCCUCGUGAGAAACAAGCAACAGGUUUGACAACAGUGAGAGCAACUUACAACCUUGAGCUAAGAUUCAACAAAAUCAUAAUUGAUAUUCAAAGUGUUCCUUUUGCCUCUGAGGCAAAUGCAUAAGGAACAUGUACCCAGACCAUGUGCAUAGGUAUGGUCUUGCCUUUCUCUUGUUAAUGCUUCCAGGCAAGCUUCAUUGUCCACUUGUCAUGUCUGAAUAUACAGAAGGCAAGUCAGGGUGAUGUGGUUUGAAGUCAGGAGGUUAACCUCAUGAUAGUCCACACCAGAAAGACUGUAAUAUGUUUAAAUAAGAAUCCAAGCUUUCAGAUGAAUAGUUGAUCCUCCAGAAGGCUAGAGGUUCAUCAGGAUCUGUAGUUGUUAUUAGGAUAUAAUUAUCAUCAGUUCAAAGCUGUGAUGUACCAAAUUCUUCAAGUGCUAUCAGCUCACAUUUCAGAUGCUACAGGACCCAGUAACACGCCUAAAAUGAAAGGGGUAUGUUGCUAGGGUUGCUCAAGAAAUGGUCAGAUGACAAAUGCCCCGUGUUCAGUGGCUUAAUCAGUCAGAAGUGAUGCAAGUAAAACAGCAUUUCACAUUUGAGUCUCUAGAAGUUCACUGGUCUUCAAGCCCUCUUCCUAAAAUUAUUUUUCUCCAGUCCACUCAUUUACUAAAUACAAGAGAAACCUGUAGGUUUCUGAGCUCUUAUCUUUUCCUGGUUACAGCAUUCAGCAGUUACACCCAGUUCCUGGGCAGCUUUCACAUGUUUUCAUCUUCCCAGGAUGUUGCUUCCCUUUCCCCAAAUGUGGAGUUACUUUGUCACAACUUUACAUAGAGUUUUUGACUUUGCUGAUACAUGCAUGUCUACAGAAGCAGGUGAGAGGGAGAAGCCUGAAUAUCUACCCAGGGGGACCACAAAUUAUGAGAGGGGAAGGGAGGAUUCAAGGGAAUAGUAUUUUUAGGGGUGCAGCGGUAAAGAUUUUUUUGGCCGAUGCUGAUGGCCAAUUAUAUUAAUCAGCCAUGUUGGCCAAUGCCGAUCUGAUAAUUGAUAUACAGCCCAGCAGUUUGGGGAGCAGUGUCCAGCUGGUAAGUAUAUGGUGGGGGGGAGGUAUGGAGAAGAAAAGGGGCAUGGAGGGGGCAGAUUGUGGCCCCCAAGGUAAGGGAGGAAAUGGGGCUGGGCUGGGGCAGGGGCAGGCACUGCUGGGCUGGGGCGGGAGCCAUGGGCAGCUCGUCCAGGUGGAAUUCAGGGGGUGGGGCGGUGGGGAACUCCCUGCCCCUGCACAAACUCCUGGGGGACACAUAGGAGGCACGUAUCCUCUGGAUUUGUGCAUUGGGUGAGGGCAGGCUGCCCACUGUGGGUUCAGGGCUAGGGACUGCACUGGCCUCUUCCCAGUGGGCCCACUGCAGGUUCAGGGCUGGGGCUGCAGGCAGCAGUGGCUCUGAGAGUGGGGGCUACAGGGGGAGCUACAGCCACAUCAAAAUUUGCCUUGGCCACCCAGUAGCCCCUCCUCCCAGUGUCACUGCCUCCUGCCCUGCACACAUGAGCCCAGCCUGCCCAGACCAGGAAGAGGCCAGAGCAGCCCGCAGUCAGCAGCCCACCCUCACCCUGACCACAAUCUGCAGGGCACGUUACCCCCAUGCUUCCCCCAGGGGUAUGCACAGCAGCAGGGAGCCCUCCCUCCCUGGAGGAGCCACCCACAGCUCAAUCCCACACCCUG